CACUUAAUCAGGAAACUGACGCCCUGUCGGAGUGCAGUCGCUUAAUUAAAAUGUCUUGCUGGAUCAGUGUGGUUGGUGCUCUGCUGUUAUGCGCAGUUUAUGUAAACGCGGCAAUGACAAUAAGUCAACAGCCUUCGAUGUCCACCUCUACGGGGCAGAACAUACAAAUAACCUGCACCAUAUCGGGCUCCAGUUCAGGCGGUGAUUAUGUCUCCUGGCACCAACAGAUCCCUGGCAAAACUCCAAAGUAUUUAUUCUACUAUUAUUCCGGCAGCAUUGAUAAAGGCACGGACAUUCCAGACCGUUUCUCCGUCUCAAUGUCAGGCAACACUGCAACAUUCGCAAUAUCUAAUGUUCAAGCGGAUGAUGCUGCGGACUAUUACUGUGCAAAAUGGGAUAGUGGUUUACAUUUCGGUAAAGGAACGAGGCUGGGUAUUGGUGAUCCUCGGGCACCGAUCGUGACGGUUCUCCCGCCUUCCGCUGAUGAAGUUACCUCAAAGGGCACCGCCACCCUGGUUUGUUUGGUGAACGGCUUUAAUCCGGGCUCGGUGGCCGUUGAGUGGACAGUCGACGGCAGUGCAAAAAAUAGCGGCGUUGAGACCAGCCCGAUCCAGCAGGAUAAGGACAGCACGUUCAGUCUCAGCAGUUACCUGACUAUGACAGCCUCAGACUGGAACUUACACGAGCUUUACUCCUGUGUGGUUAAACACCAGAGUCAGGCAAACCCACUUAAGACAAAUAUCGUGAGAUCCAGCUGCAUCUGAUGUUGGACACGUGAGGCUGACCUGACAAAGUUAGUUUAUCAUCAUUGGGUUCGUCCAUGUGACAAAGUUAGUAAUGUAUUGGACUUCGAUGUUUUCGUUCGGAAAUGCCAUUUGUAGUUGAAACUUCGAUUUUUAUGACUUGUUUACUUUAAAUGUAGUUCUUUCGAAAGAAUGUCGUUCUUGAAUGAAGCAUCAAGUAGAUUCAAUUGCGUUAGUCAACAACAUGGAUGUUGUUAUUGUACCCAUGGUAUCUUUGUAGCCGUUCAAUAAAGUUUAAAAAACGCAUUUCAAA